CUCUGUGCAUAUCCGUAUUCGUUUGUGCCGUAUACAUUUGUGUAUUAUAUACAAUUGCAAUACACACGUUCACCAAUUUACAUCUUUUAUUAAAUAGUAGCCAGCGCCGCGCUUCCACAUAUUUGCAAGCUAGAUGUUGCUAGAAAGCCCAAAAAUCUCCGAUAACUCGUUUUAAAAUAAAAAAAAGAAAGGAAAAAAAAAAAAAGAAAAAAAAAAGAAAAGAAAUUCCUAAAAGGAUCUGUUAAGCCGCCGUUUUAAAAGUUUUUUACGUUUACGUUAAAAAGCCUGUCACGAGUGUUUAUCGUUUAAAGUGAAAGAAUCUUUCACAACGCAGAUCACGUUUUAAAAGUGAAGUGCGCGCCAAAAAUCACUUAAGGGCCGAUUAAAAGUAUCCUUGAAGAUUUUAACGGGUAUAUAUAUACAUAUACGUAUAGGCGAAUAAAAAUAUAAAUUUUUCGAUAAAAAUUUCUUGCAACUAAAGUCACUUCUGAACUGUUUUUAUCCUAAGCUACGAAACAAAAAAAAAAAAAGAAAAGAAAAGAAAAAAAAAAAUGUUUAUCAGCGAGUGUUCGCGUUUUGCUUAAAUUUAAAAAUUAUCAACAGUCAAUUGUGCCAAUUAUUGCAACAAGCAUAAAUUACAAAUAAAAAUUUACACUUAAUUAGAGAAAAGUUACGGAAAACAGCUACAAAAUGCAAGGCGGAAUAAUAAGAAAACAUCUGGAUCUCUUGCAGACUAAGCUCAGUGCUUUGUUGCUUUUCAUUGUCAUUAUAACAGAUUCAUUGGCACGUGCGCAAGUCAAUGUAGAGCCGAACACCGCUGUACUUAAUGAAGGCGCUCAGCAAGAUUUGUUGUGUCGCUACGGACGACCCAUAACGUACUGUCGUAUUGAAAUUCCCGGUGAGACAAAAGUAUUCAAUUUAUCGCCCGACUGGGAUAAAACACCAGGCUUCAUAUACAAUGGUAAAGGGCUGCAAGCAGGAGAGUGUGGUGUUAGAAUUGAACAUGUAAAGGCGAUUAACAAUGGACAGGUCAAAUGCAAUUUGGGUGUGGAAGGGGAAGAGUUGUCUGGAACAAUUGAUUUAGUGGUAGCAUUGCGUCCUAAGCAACCUUUAGUGGAAUUGAUUACGAAGCCAGAUCGUGACAGGUAUUUUCAUGAGGGCAAUAAGUUCCAGGCACGUUGUAUAGUGCGCGAUGGACGUCCUGUUGCAAAUAUUACUUGGCUGCUCGAUAAUGAGCCUGCCGCCAAGAGAGUCGGUCAACUCGAAGUGCUAGCUUCACCUCGUGAAAAUGGUCUGGAAUUGUUUACCGCCAUACAAGACAUUCAAUGGGAUAUAGCGGCCGAGGAUAAUGGUCGGAGAUUAGUGUGCCGUUCACAUCAUCAGACCGAUCCUGACAAUGCACCGCCUCAAGAAGGUGCCUACGAAUUGUUAGUAAGAUACUCGCCCUUACGUAUGCCUGAAACUUUAGUCUACGGCUUGUAUUUAGAACACACAGUCAAAGUGAAUAUGACUAUACGAGCCAAUCCCACCCCAGUGAUAGAGUGGGCAAUCGACGGUAAUGUUAUACGCCAAGGUGAACAAAGUGGACGCUUUUCAGCUUUUGAACCUGAAUACUUGGGUCAUGAUUUUUACAACGUUACUCUGGUCAUAGCCGGUCUUACAUUGGAAGAUACUACCAAAAUUUACACAAUGAGAGCAACAAAUGCUUUAGGCUCCACCGACUAUACCGUACGCAUCAGCUCAUCAGCUACACCCCCCUCGGCUGGCUUAGAAAUCGGAGCCAUCGUUGGUAUUGUGGUUGCAUUAGCUGUUUUGGUUUUAAUUGUACUUUUAGUACUUUUUGCCCGCGCUACCGGCCGAUGGUGUUUUGCAGGGAAAACUGUAAAAAUGUCGACGAAUGAAACUAAAAACACUCAGCACGGUGGGCAAAGUGUAGCUUUGUUGGAAACACCGAACGGUGUAACGAUCAUCGAAAGAAAUGGUACGGAAGUAACGAGUGCAAUGAGUGGCCAAAAUCGUCAAAGCAAUGAUGUGCAAAUACGUAAUCAUAGUCAAGCGGGUAAUGACGAAGAUGAUUCCUUUGAAUAUGGCACCGACAGAGAGAGUAGUGUUUAUAAUCCCACCACACAGCCGUUGCGUAAUGUUAUGGCCGCUGCUGGUGGUAGAAAUUCGCAAAGAAGUAAUAAUAAUGAUAGCGAUAGUUCGGAAUUGUUAACUAAAGGCAAUCAAUUGGGAAUUCCCGAAUCGAGAUUUUCGCGUUGGAUACCGAAAGAUCAACGUGAGAUAUUAGAGAAACAAGCGAAGCUGUUAGCGAAUCGCUUGAAACCGAAAACGAACGGAGCGCAGAGCAGCGAACGGAAGCCUUCGAAAACACCGCCACCAACCCCAGCCACACCAACAACAGAAGCAUCCUACAAACCUGAACCUACCGAAACUGAGAUUUAAAAAAUCAAUUCUAAUAUUCGUUACGCUCACUUAAAUGGCUUCCAUAUAAUUUACGCAGCAUUAUUUUAACGUUUAAUUAGUUUUUAAAGUUUUCAAUUAUAUUUUAACAUCAAGAAGAGAAAAAAUUAUAAUUAAUUUAUUCGAUUCAUAAAACUCAUAAAUGUUAACAAUCACCGUAAAAUACUAAAUGACACUUAAACUCUUUUUCUAGUUAGUCGUUGGUUUAAGCUAAAUAUUUAAAAAAAAAAUAAAAUAAAAUUAUUUUACUAAAACUUAAAUUGAUUUAAUUUCAAUAAAAAAUUAUUUAAAAAAAAAAAGAAAUAAAAGCCUCUAUUGCAAACGACCCUCGAAAGUUAACAAAAAUUAAUAUUUUUACAUUUUAUUCCCUUAGUUUUUAAUAAUUUUUUUUGCAACUUUCAUUUUUCCAAAGUUUUUUUAAUGUCAAAAACAACUACCAAUGAGAUAAGUAAGAACCUUUGAUUCGCCUUAGGACGAAUCUUCGACACCCACCACCUUAAUUGGGAUUGAAUCACGAAUAUUCCAAGUGUAGACAAUAGAUAUUUAGACGGAAGGACAGAUGGACUAGUCGAUGGACCAACAAAAGCAGGAUGAAUGAGUGAACAUAAGGACGGCCCAGAACCGGCAGACAGGAAGGCAAUCGUACGGUUAAAGACAUGAAUAGGGACGGACAUGGAAUAGACAGGCAAACAGACAGAGAGGUGAACAUAGGACGAAAUGAAAAAAGAUAACCGAUUAAGCGGGCAGACGAAGUGGAGGAUAAAUAGGAGAUAAGAAGACACGAUUGACACAUCGCGGAAUGUUACGGUUGCAAAUAGCGAUGUAUAUAUAUAUAUGUCGAAGUUGUGUGGAUGUUACAGCCUCAGAGACAAAUUUAAUACGUUUCCCUUGUUUGGUGGUGGGUAAAAAAUUAAAUGAAAUAUUCAUUUAGAGUUAAUAUAAGCUUUGACAUGUUAUCACAAACAAAUGAAAAUAAAUUUUAACUCAACAAAAAAAAUUCUAUGGAGCAAUUAGUCGCAACAUAAACGUAAUGUUAAAAAAACUUAUUGUUUAUGUUUAAGGAAAUCAGUUCGAAAAUUGCCAAAGGCUUAAAAAAGCACAACACGUCAGCCCGAUUAAGCCAUAUCAACAUGUUAAAUACGUCUAUCGGGCGUAAUUUCAAGCCGCAGUCUAUACAAAAAAGAUCAAAUUAUCAAUUCUAUCCUUUUAUCUGUGUCACUAUCAAUCCCUUCGUAAAAACCCUUUAGAAAGCCCAGAUUUUUUUCUUUGUACAGCCUUUUAUGCUUGCUACAUAGUAGGUUUUUUCCGCUUUCGAAGACUUUCAUUUAUUUGUAAUGUUCGGUCUUUAAGUUCACUCUUAUUUGUUGGACGUAAAAAUUUCGUGGUCCUUAACAUUCAAACUUUCUCUCUUAAUGCACUUACCGCAAAAGCAAAAAAAGUAAGCAUAAAAAUGCGAAGAAACAUACGCACUUCUCAUUACCUUUAAUUUUGAAGAGAGGUUAAAAGAUGAAAGUUCAGGUCAUCGAAUAUUACAAAAGAAAAUCGAGUUUUUACUGAGAAUCUCUUCUUGAACUUCAAUUAGAUUCCGACCGUUCCUUCCCUAUCGCAGAGACUAAUUAAGGGUGACUGUAAAUAGCUGUCUGUCAAAUGUUCGGUGCUUUCCACUAGCAUAAGUCGCACCAGUACGAAGGGCUGCUGAGCUAUGUACGCAGAGCAAAAAAUGAAGCGAAAGGACAAGCAGAUGUUUCGAAUUCUAUACUACGUAAGAAAACGUGAGAAUAUACUCCUUAUACUCCCUUAGUGCCAUACUUCUACUUAAUUGCUUCUAUACACCCCUAACUACUUGAACUUUAAAGUUCAGCCUCCAGUAAAGUUUUGUAAAAAUUUUGUACAAAAAAUAAUUUAAAUGUUACAGUCGCACAAAGUCGACAUAACAAUAUCUUCAAUUGACUCUCAUAAAAAUCGAUUGCUUUAAAUGAAAGUCUUUUAACGGUAAGGCGUCUGAAAAGUGGACCUAAGUGGUUCAAAUUAAACCCAGUGACUUUAGACAUCUCGUUAUUCUGGAUGAGUUUUCAUUAUAAAAGGGUUUGCGGUCAUGCAAAAAAGGACUUUUUGUAAGAUUGCCCACACAGAAAGGAAUUCAAAACAUGAUCUCAUAUCACGUACAAAUAUUUGCCAUUGAUUUUAUAUAUCGCAAUACUUUUUCCAUUAACGUCAGAAACGCAAACUUUGUUUCAUUUGACGACUUCUCAUGAUACACUGUUAUAUGGCAAGUGAUCGUAAAAAUGGUCCGUUUCCACUCAUUUUCAAUAGAAUCUGCAGCGGUUAGACCAAAAACUUGUCAGUGUACGAAAUUACAACAAAAUACUUCGAUAAUCGCGUCUUGUCCAAAUUGUGAAUAAAAAUUAUGUAUUGGGUAGACAUGGGACAGAAAGAAGGACAGAAAGGUCGAAAACGAUUCAGAAAAUGACUUUGUAUCAUUUGGCAUGUUAAAAAGCGGACCUACCUCACAAGCUGCUCUUACUGCUGCCUACUCGUAUAACCCAAGUGGCGUAGGGUAUGAAAAACAAAUAAAAAAUGAAAAGAAAUAAAUGUAUUAGUAUUUGUUAAGCAAGCUCAAUGAAAUGCAAUCAAUUUUGUGUUAAGACACCUUUGUAUAUAUAAAGAUAAUCAUAAGUUACCGCAGAAGUAUAAAACAGAUCACACGGUGACAGCUUAACUAGAGAAUAACACUCACGGGACAUAUGGUGACAAAAGAGUUCUUUGUUUUAAACACUAAACUCAUACUAACCUCUUGCAAACAAAAUCAAUAAAACAAAAAGU